AUGCCGCCGUAUCGCAGCGUCAAAGGCCGAAGGUACUUCUGCAGAUGUCCGACAUGUAGGAAGAACAAGGCUUUCGACGGUGUCACCGGAAAGACCAUCUGGGGAGUCUAUCUCAACCACGACAAGUUUUACAGACACCAAGUAGAGUGGAGGGAAACCGAGCGGGCGGAGGUCGAGGAUGCAAUCGCCCUACAGACACUCCGCGAAGUGCCGGAUAGGGAUGGCUUUGUCCAUGGUUCGGCCGGCACACAGCAGUUACGAGGUGCCAGCGGUGAAGGCUCCAUCACCAGGGAUGGAAUACUGGAGGAGAGCUGUUCUCGGCCUGUCUGUAUCAGUACGGUCGACUCUUCCAUAUCUGGUGUACAGAUUGCAGACUGCAAGAUAGACUCGCAGGAAUCGAGGGACGCGAACGACCCGGCGCAGUUAAGAACGACGAAUGGAGACAUAGAAAUGAUAGGGACUAUGCCUUCGACUGGGGCCGUUGCUGACGAAAACGUGCAAGAACCACCAGUGCUGCUCGACGAAACCGUCUUAAUCGCUGAUCAGUUUAUGAAAGAGUGCCAAUUCACGCUGGACGAAAUGACGCGCAAUUGGAAGGAACCCGUCUUGUCUUUUCACGGAGGCUUCACCGACGGGCACGCUGGAGGUCCUUAUGGGCAUCUUCGCCACAACGAUAGCCCCGAUAACUACCGCUUUCUGCACUCGAAGGAGACCGCAGUCAGGCUGCUCAAGCAUAUCGCCGACUACCCCGUCCCCUCCCAUGCGCAGGAGAUUGUGAUCUUGAAGGAAGAGUUGACCCGGAAGGCGGAUAUGUGGAACCACAAGCACGACCAAGUGGCGCAGGAGCAAUGGUUUCAUCUUCGUACGGAGCUAAGAUUCUACAAUGAGGUCAACUUGCGUAAGAUCGAUACUUCUGGAUAUUUCUACGACUUCACGGGUUUCUCUGCGCCACACUUGGUUGGCAUGCUCACCGCCAUCGUCCUAUAUCUCAUCUUCGGCGUGUCGCGCAAUGCUUCCCACUUUCUCCUCUCGGCUAUCCAGAUCUUGAUGGUAGAGCUCGUGACCGCCUUUUGUCACUCCCACGGCCUAGUUUUCCCGAAUGCGUCGCUCGAAGUCACCCACGGCUGGCUGGUAGACAUGCGAUCGGUAAUUCAGCGGUUCAACCUGAGUCCUCAAUACGUUGAAUACGCUAGGUGCCCCAACAAAAAAUGUGGCGCGAUUCAUACCAUCGACCCCACCAAUCCCGAUUUCGCCGAUGUCUGCGGUCACAGGGGAUGCCAAGCUCGUCUGUUCCGCCAAUCGGUUCGUGUGGUCAAUAAGGCUAUGAUCCCAUCCUCUUCCACCCCGCAUUCGACUUUCUGCUUUCAAAGUCCAAGCGCUUGGUUUGGACGGCUCCUCUCUCGGCACAAUAUAGAACACGGUCUCCUGUCGCACCCCGUCGCACCUGAUAAGUCGGGACUGGAGCAUGAUUUCUGGUUUGGUCGGGCUGUGCGCGAGGUGUUGGACGAGCACAAUAAUCCCUUUUUCGGGUCGCCUGUACGUGACGGAGAGAUUCGCCUAGCCGUCGGCUUAUUUGUCGAUUGGUUUAAUCCAUUCGGCAAACGCACCAGCAAGACCCAAUCUGUUGGAGCCAUAUACAUGGUCUGCAUGAACAUACCUCCGGACAUCCGGUACCGCGUAGAGAACAUGUGCUUGAUUGGCGUCAUACCCGGCCCGAAAGAGCCAGCACUGCAAAACUUGAACCAUUAUCUUUCGCCCAUUGUUGACGACCUGCUUUCUCUCUGGACGCCUGGUAUCGUUCUGAGUCGAACUGCAAAAUCCUUCGACAUCUUGGUACGGGCAGUACUGCUCCCGUUGAUCGCGGACACACCCGCGAUACGAAAGGCCCAAGGCGUGCUGGGUUUCUCAUCGACCAAGGCUCCUUGUAGCCUCUGCGCGAUCACCUCCGGCGAACUGUCCAAUUUUGACUAUCAAAGCUGGCCGCGGCGAUCUUGGGCUUAUCAUCUACAACACGGACAAGCUUGGCGAGAUGCGCCGAACGACGUGAUCCGAGAGAAAAUGGCCCUCAAGACAGGCAUUCGCUGGUCUGAGCUAUUGCGCCUACCUUAUUGGAAUCCGGCCAGGUUCUCGGUUGUUGAUGCGAUGCACAAUCUGUUCUUGGGGGAUAUUGCCGCUCAUCUGGUGUCUGCAUGGGGGAUGCGCUGGAAAGACCCUAGAGGGAGUAACUUGGCAAAUGACGAGGAGCUUGCAUCUGCUGCACUCGCUGACCCUUCAGACGCGGGGCCCACGAGACAGACACGGAAACCGCAGACCCCUGAAGAUCAGCGGCGUGUCCUGAACAUCGUACUGGAAGCUUGGAAGAAGCAGGAUGAACACAAACUGUCCUCUGUACGAUUGGAUUACUUGCGCGCGGUCGCCACACUGAAUGGUGUUCCCGGUACCGCAUCUAUGGGUACCAAGAUCGACAUAGCCAACGCUAUGAUUGCAUGGAUUGCAAAGUUUGGCGCGAAUGCCAUCAGGAUGCCCUCUCCGAUUCCCGAGACAGUGCUGUGGUUUGAAUGUGAUGAAACACCCGCAGACAUAGGGGCUCGGAUACUGGAUAAUGAAGAACUCGAAUCCAUCUGGCCGUUCACGACACGGAUCUUCCUGCCAUCGUGGAUGGAUCGGGGUCCGCGUCAUUUUGGAAAGCCUGGUCAGGGUACAUUGAAAGCUGACAACUGGCGUACCAUCGGUACUGUUCUCCUGCCUCUCUCGCUUAUUCUUCUAUGGGGAAAGGGAGGAUCCCGCCACGACGACUUCCAUGAAAAACUACUGAAGAACUUUCUCCACCUCGUGGCAGCCGUGAACAUAGCAUCGCUGCAUGCUACUUCUCAGGAGCGUAGACUGAAUUAUCUCAGGCAUCUUCAAACCUACGCAGUUACACUCAAGCUCCUUCUUCCCAACUAUCCCAUUCGCCCCAACCUUCACAUGAGCUUUCAUAUAGCAGAGGUCUUGGAGUUAUUCGGACCUGUUGCGGCUUGGUGGACAUUUCCCUUUGAGCGUUAUAAUGGUGUGAUGCGCAAUAUACAGACGAAUGGUCGCUUUGGUCAACUGGAGAAGACAUUCUUUGAGGUCUUCUGUCGUGCCUGUAAUCUACGAGCUCUCAUGGAACAGGUCACGGAAGCCGGUCUUAUCCCCUCCUUUACGGCGCUUCUCUCGAAGAUACUCGGCGGAAACGUCCCAGGAGCCGAUUCCUCGCCUCACAAGUCUCGUGCGAGCAAGCUCACUCCCGAGCAGAUGGUGAAACUGGCGGCUCGGCUCAACAGUGAAGCCGACGAAGUUCAGUACUCCCUGGAGCCUGUCAAAGGAUGCGUCCAACUCUCUCCUGAGGUCACCACGAUCCCCUUUUUUGAGCGAAGAGGAGUCAAAUACGCGUCGUCAGCCACCUCUCGACGUGACUGUGACGUUCUUGCCUAUUUCCCACACGAAAGCAAAGGCAUGACUGCCGGACGCAUCACGGAGAUAUUCACGUAUGUGUACCAGAAUGCCGUUGGUUCUACGGCAUCGGAGACGUUCGUGGUUUUUAGAUGCUUCAAACCGCUCAGCGAAGCAGAAGCGGGACAGGAUCCCUUCCGCGGCUACGACGGGAUUGACGCUUGUUCUUACCAUAACGAGCUGCUCCCCGAAGUCCAUAUUCUCAAAGCUGUGGAGGUUACUGCCCACUUUGCUGCUCUAAUCUAUCGAACACGGUUAGCGCUCGGAGAGUUCGAGGUUGACCUGGAAGCCGGAGAAACAGAGUCCUGGUUUCUACCAGUCGAUGGAGAAAGGGGAGGAAUAGGGUUCAAGGAUCCAGCCGGUACCGAAGCGCACGAUAAUGAUGCCUUCAUGUACCCGCUGAUUCUGCGCUUGUUCCCGCACUCGUUUGACGUUGGCGCUGCUCUGGCCUGCCGUUGGCGCUGCGCUGGUCUAGGCUGGUCUGCCGUUGGCGCUGCGCUUAUCGACCGCUGGUCGACCGCUGGAGCUGCGCUGAUCCGCCGCUGGGGCUGUGCUGACCCGUCGCUGGAGCUGCGCUGCCGCUUGCCGCUGCCGCUGUGCGCUGUCGCUGCAAAGGCGCUUGAGGAGAGUUCGAGGACGUUAUUUUGA